AUGCCCCUGUCGAGAUUUGCUGCCGAGGCAUUCGGUCUGGUGACGAUUUGUUUAGUAGCCAUCUUAAUUCUUCUUGGGUUGAUGUGCAUUGCUUACUCAUUUUACUUCCGCUCUCACAUUCAUAGUCAAGGUUUGGUUCAGCUCAAUUAUUUUAGUGGUCCUUGGAUCAUCAGAAUCACAAUCAUCCUAUUUUCAAUCUGGUGGGGUAUUGGUGAAAUUAUUCGACUAACUUUGUUAAGGAGUACCUUUCAGUUAAAAUGGCCGGACACUGUCUGCAAGUGUUAUAUUGUGUCAAAUUUGGGGUUUGCAGAACCAUCCCUGUUCCUCACACUUAUAUUUCUCCUUCGAGCACCUUUACAGGACUUGGAGACUGGAAUUAUGAGCAGAAAAUGGAAUGUGAAAACAUCGGGAUAUAUUCUUCUUUACUGCCUGCCAAUGUUUGUUCUUCAGCUAUUUGUUAUUUUGGUUGGACCUCAGUUAGACAAGAAUAAGGGUUCUGGAAAAAAGUUGCCUCACUAUUUUUCUAGUGCAGCGGUUGCCUCUUCAAUGGCCGGGGAGAAUGAUACGACCUUCUGUACUUACCCUUUACUAAGCACUAUUAUCCUCGGCCUUUAUUCCAUUAUCCUGACUUCCUACCUUUUUUGGCUUGGUAGUCGGAUUUUGAAAUUAGUUAUUAACAAGGGUCUGCAGAAGAGGGUUUACGCAUUGUUAUUCUCAGUUUCAUGUUUCCUUCCAUUAAGGGUACUUUUUCUUGGUUUAUCUGUUUUAUCUAAACCUGAGCAUGUUAUGUUUGAAGCCUUUGUUUUCUUGGCUUUUCUUGCACUAGCAUGUUGCGCUGGCUUGUGCAUGUACACACUUGUUUAUCGUCCAGUUGCAGAUUGCUUAGCGUUGGGAAAUCUACAAGACUUUGAAGCUAGAAAUCGAAACGAUGAUCAUAACGAUACUGUGUCUUUCAUUGCUAACCAGAGUCAUCUGCAAGGGAAUGUUGAAGAAACUGUUCGGUCUAGUCCUGGUAGAUUUUCUGAUGCAUCGACAAAGAGAGGAUCAAUUUCAUUUCGGACAUUAGAAAAGGGUGUUACAUCAACCGGAACAUUUGUUGAACUGAGCCUCUUCUCUCCCAGCCGCAGUGCAACCCCUCCAGGAUCGCCUCCUCUCCUAGGUUGGCCAAUGCGAUCCCCAACGCAACUUAUUGGACCAUAG